GCUACAGUCGGGAGCUAAACAGGGAGGGGACACCGGGAUCGGAACACUUCAGCCGCCGCUGUGUCGACACAAAUCACCACCAGCUUUAACAUUUUUUUUUUCUUAACGGAAAAAUCGUGAACAUAACUGGGGUGCUGGAUACCGGGAGGACGGCAUGGGAGAGCACACGGCGUUUCUGCUGUUACUGGUGGCGACCUUGACGCUUUCAUCCGAGGUGCCUGCUGAUGACUCUGUGGGUUUGCUAACUGAGCCCGAGGUGGCCAUGUUCUGUGGGAAGCUCAACAUGCACAUCAAUGUGCAGAGUGGCAAAUGGGAGUCUGACCCCUCUGGCACCAAGAGCUGCAUCGGCACCAAGGAGGGCAUCCUGCAGUACUGCCAAGAGGUGUACCCAGAGUUGCAGAUCACAAAUGUUGUGGAGGCCAACCAGCCCGUCAGCAUCCCGAACUGGUGCAAGAAAGGCCGCAAGCAAUGCCGCAGUCACACACACAUUGUGGUGCCGUACCGCUGCCUGGUUGGGGAGUUUGUGAGCGACGCCCUGCUCGUUCCUGACAAGUGUAAGUUCCUGCACCAGGAGCGUAUGGACCAGUGUGAGAGCCACCUGCACUGGCACACUGUAGCCAAAGAGUCCUGCGGAGACCGCUCCAUGAAUCUCCAUGACUACGGGAUGCUGUUGCCAUGUGGUAUCGACCGUUUCCGAGGGGUGGAGUUUGUCUGUUGUCCGGUGGAGGCAGAACGAGAUGCGGACAGCACGGAGCUAGAAGGGGAGGAGUCAGACGUCUGGUGGGGCGGAGCUGAGGCCGAAUACUCUGAUAACAGCAUGUCACGUCCGGCAGACACAGAGCCUGCCACCGCUGAGGAUGAUGAGGACGAGGAUGAAGAGGCGGACACGUUUGAAAGGGAUGAGAACGGAGAUGGCGAUGAAGAUGACGAGGAAGAGGAAGGCGACGACGUGACCGAUGAACGGGAUAGCGAUGAGCGCAAUGCUAACGUUGCCAUGACAACCACCACCACCACCACCACUGAAUCAGUUGAGGAAGUCGUUCGAGCCGUUUGUUGGGCUCGUGCUGAGUCAGGCCCGUGUCAUGCCAUGCUGGAGCGUUGGUUCUUCAUGCCUGAGAAGGGCCGCUGUGCUCCCUUCUUGUUUGGGGGCUGUGGGGGCAACAGGAAUAACUUUGAGUCGGAGGAGUACUGCCUAGCUGUCUGCAGCAGCUCGUUGCCCACCAUGGCCCCCAGUCCUCCUGACGCCGUGGAUCGGUACCUCGAAUCUCCUGGGGACGACAAUGAACACUCUGACUUCCAGAAGGCCAAGGAAAGCCUGGAGGCCAAACACCGUGAAAGGAUGUCCCAGGUGAUGAGGGAGUGGGAAGAGGCUGAGAGACAGGCCAAGAACCUUCCUCGCGCCGACAAGAAAGCUGUUAUCCAGCACUUCCAGGAAAAGGUGGAGGCUCUGGAGCGGGAGGCAGCAGGAGAGAGGCAGCAGCUGGUGGAAACCCACAUGGCCCGGGUUGAAGCUCUGCUUAACAGCCGCCGACGCCUGGCUCUGGAAAAUUACCUGAGUGCUCUACAGGCCAACCCUCCACGGGCUCGUCAGGUGUUGAGCCUGCUGAAGAAGUACGUCCGAGCAGAGCAGAAGGACAGGCAGCACACGCUGAAACAUUACGAGCAUGUCCGCACAGUUGAUCCCAAGAAGGCUGCACAGAUCCGACCUCAGGUUUUGACCCACCUACGUGUGAUUGAUGAGAGGACGAAUCAGUCAUUGGGUCUGCUCUACAAAGUGCCCAGUGUGGCGAAUGAGAUCCAAAACCAAGUCUCUGUUAUAAUGCAGAGAGUUCAGGCGGAGCUGUCUCAGCAAGUCUCUUCCCUGCAGAGCGAUGGGCGGGUGGACGGCAGGGUGAGUUACGGUAACGACGCUCUGAUGCCUGAUCAGGCCUACAGCUCUGCUCCUAUGGACCCUGGCCUGGACGGACUGGGCUUCAUCCACCCUGAGAGCUUCAACCAGCCCAACACAGAGAACCAUGUUGAGCCUGUUGAUGCUCGUCCAAUUCCUGAUAGAGGACUCCCCACACGACCUGUAUCUGCCCUGAAGCCAGAGGAGAUGCCAGAAGUGCGGAUGGAGACUGAAGAGAGGCAAAGUGCUGGCUAUGAAGUUUACCAUCAAAAACUGGUGUUUUUUGCUGAGGAUGUGGGUUCCAAUAAAGGUGCCAUUAUCGGACUUAUGGUUGGAGGGGUUGUCAUAGCAACUGUCAUCGUCAUUACCUUGGUGAUGCUGAGGAAGAAACAAUAUACUUCUAUUCAUCACGGUGUAAUUGAGGUGGAUGCAGCUGUGACACCAGAGGAGCGUCAUCUUGCCAAGAUGCAGCAAAACGGCUACGAGAAUCCCACCUACAAAUUCUUUGAGCAGAUGCAGAACUAAAGAACUGCUUCUUCAGGCAUAUCCCAACCCCACACUCUCCCUCGCAGGGUCUGUUCCAUUCUGGUCCCUUGGCCUCAGCCCCUAUACCUUCAGUCUCUCACCCUGUUAAGAAGGGGAGGAAAGAUGUGAAGAGUACUGCAAAGGCUGAUUUUUAUCUUGUUUGAAAAGUUAGGAAAAGAUAAGUGAACUCUUUGUACCAGUUUAUGUCUCAGUCGGGGGUUUGGGCCAAAGGAAAAUGACAUGGAACAAAUCCUUCUUAAUCCCUGAUCCCUAGAUUGUACAGAGCAACACUUGAUCUUACCUUUACCUGCAAUUGGUCAGACAAGGGUUCCCUGUUUCACCUGCACAUUUCAGCCAAUCACAACAAAAACUUCAUAGUGUUUGUACUGAAAACCCUGUUGCUGAUUUAUAUGAAGUCACUGCAGUACUGCGCUCGCAGCUGAGACCAGAAACAUGUAAACCUAAGCAGUUUAAUUCCCAUUCACUCCCUCUUCGCUCCAACUGUUUGUUCCAUUUUCCUCAAACCGUCCGACACAUCCCUGCUCUCCGAUGACAGCUGGGCUGUGUUUGAUGACAUAACAGCUCUUAGAGCUGACAACGGGGGGAGGGGCUCUCAGAGCGCCUCCUUGCACGAUUAAAGCCCAAAUGUUUCAGGUUUGUUUUUCAAAAAAGGAGGAAAAAAUACAGAAAAAAUUAUACAUAAUCAAAAUAUGUAAAAGUUAAAAAAUAAUGAUUGUUUUGUUUUCUGAUUUUUUUAUGUGUAAUAUAUAAAGACAGAGAUCAGCUUUAAGUAUAUGUAGUGCAUGGCAAUAUUGAUGACAGAUACAGUAUACUGUAUGUUGAGGUCCUCGGGAGCGGCCCUCUUACUAGAUAUUUUAGCAGGAUUGUACAUUUCUAGUGUCUUCUUUGUGAUCUUGUGAUAUGAAGAAGAAAAAGAGUAUUCAGAAUCUGGUCUGCUUUGUUGUCACAAAGACUUGCUUUAACUGAAUCUUGGCUCGUUAUGCUCAUCUCCAUGCUUCACUGUUGUGUUAACUGCAUGGGCGAAAUGCUCUAUAUGUCAUAUAUGAAGUGUAAUAGUAUCCGAAAGGAAGAUGAUUUUGUUACUGUUUGCGUUCUAUGCACUCUGUCAUUUUGAAAGUCUGAUUAUUAUCACCAAAUAUUAUUGCUGUUAACUCACGCUGUCGCUGCACAUUGGGUUUUUAUUAGGAGGAUAUAGGUCAAACUUUAUAGAGGUUUUCUGAAAGUAUCAUUCCAGAUUUAUCAUUCCAAUGUCUCUCUUGAUAGUAAAUAUUUGGAAGAUGGAGAUCCGGCUCUCAGUGGCCUAGUUUCAUAAUCAAGCUCCACCAUCUUUUCCUCCUUGUUCAUGUGUUCUUCAGUCUGUCUUUCUAACCCCCAUUUGUCCUGUUUAUCCUCUCUUUCUGGGUGUGUCAGCAAUAUUGUACAGUGCAACACUACAAUAUCUAUUUGAUAAAAAAAGACAGGACUACAGAGAUCAGAACAGUUUUCUAGAUGGUCCCAUCUCCUCUCCACACACAUUCCUUCACCAAAUGUCACAAACACGUUCUAUUUUUCUACAUUUCCUGUGUAUACAUGUACAGUGCUUCUGUUCGUCCUGUGGUGGAUUAUUCUGUGUCUGCAUAUCUGUUGUCAAUAGCCCUCACGAAGAGGUGAAGACUUUGCCAUCACCACUGGGAGGAUGACCACAACUCACAUAGAGACACAUUUCCUUCUCCCUUAAUUAAGUUAUUAAUGCCACCUCCAGUUAACAUGAAUGUGACAUGCAUAUUGUGCAUUUAUACCAUAGAAAUACAACACAUAUCACAUCUCUACACAUUAUAUCCACACAUGUACAUGUACACACUAACUGAAGCUCUUAAUCAGGUGAAUGUUUGUUUUGAUGCUCACUCUGGGUGUCUUUGGAGGCUAGCGUUUAAAAAAAAAACAAAAAAAGACGCAUUUUUUCUCUCUGUGUAGUUAAAUGGACCAUUUCGCUUAGAGUAAGAAAAAGCUUUCUACAUUCAUUAUACCAUGAAUAAAAUUUUGAAUGUACAUACAA